AUACAAUAUCGCCCAUUGCUACAACAAAACACAAAAACGUGCAUAUAAUCCUGAAUAUAUUUAUUUUGUGUUGCCUAAUUUUCGGCUAAAAAAAUUGUUAAUUCUGUUAAUUCAUGUCAUUUGUAACAUAUAAAACGAUACAGGAUUCAGCUGCCGUUUAAAACGAGUGAAAGAAUUAAGUGAUUGAAGUGUUUCCGAUUUGAGAAAUAAAAUUAACAAUGAAAAAUAUUCCGCACCGCAAAACAAAAAACGUGUUCCAGUUCAAAUCGUUUAGAGAACGGAUUGCCGAGAUAGACAUACGCCGCACUACGUUAUAUCAUAUUAGUCAUGAGAAUGAAUUAUUGGAAGGCGAUCAAUCUAAUUUUCACGAGGCUGUCCAAAAAUGGAGUGUGCUCAACAUGUCUGAGGAAUUCCAGCAGUUUAUAAUCCCGAUUCGCUCUGUUGUUACUCUUCCUCAAUUGUUACACAAGAAAGUCUUUAUUUUCGAACAUUUGUCAGACUGUCUGAAAAACGCAAGCAAUCUGUCACUCCAGGCUCUUCUAGAGAUUUUAGUUGCUUUGGCUAAGGAUCUGCGAGCUGAAUUUUGUUCAUUUUUUUUCCAAUUUUUUGAUCAACUCAUAAUUAUUCUCGACAGUAGAGAACCAGACAAUUUGGAAUACACAUUUCUUUGCUUGGCUUCUUUGUUCAAAAUUAUGCGUGGAUUUCUCCGGAAGAAAUUGGAGCAAGUGUUCGAAAGAUUGGUGUUAUUGCUGGAAGAUUCAAGGCCUUUAUAUGUAACAAAUUUUGCCGCUGAGUGUUUUGGUUUUCUUGCUCGUGACGUUCUGAACAAAAAAGAACUUCUUCAUAUGAUUUCAGUAGCGGUAGGUAGUAAUUCAAACGUAACGAUGGGUUGUGGCAGACUUGUCUUUGAAAUUAUGCGAGGAACGAAUGGACAAUUUCACAGUUGUGCAGAACAGUACUGGAGGCUUUUAUUAUUGGAAAUGAUUAUCGAAGAACCAAACGAGAAAACUGGGUUCAAACCGCAAUGUCUGUUCGAUAUUCUCAUCCAAACUGUCACUGAUAUGCUACAUUGUAUAGAGCCUGAUAAUAUGGAACCAUUUUGGAUUAUUAUGAAUACAGCAUUAGAGAAUCACCUAGCCCACAAUCCAAUCUCAAACGAGACAGCUUUUCACUAUAUUUUACAAUUGAUUGGGCUUAUAGUUGAACAUCAGCAUGGAAAACAUUUGAGGAACGUUUCAUGUAUAGUUGGAAAAUUGAUCAAAACGAUUAGUGGAACCAACACAGAAGAAAUUUUGUCGACUGUUUCCAAGAUCGCGUCCGUAAUGCUUUUGUCCAAAAAUGUUAUUAUAACUCGAUUGGAAGUCAGCAGGUUAACAAAAAAUAUUUUGACACUUGGACAUCGUUCUAGGAGGGUUUUCGAAGAAUUUGUCCUCAAUGUAUCCGACUGCGAAAUGUUUGACGUGCUGGUGUUACCUGAUUGCUUAAAAUACAUGGAAAAAACUUUUGAUUCUAGAAGUAUACAAUUACUCAUGCAAAUUAUUGCUCGAAAAUCCAAUCCUUGUAAAAGUGGAAUAGAGCUGAAUAAUUGGAAACCAAUUCAAAUCCAAUUGAAAAGUAAUGAAGCGGUCAUGAAAAUUAAACAGGUGAUUGAUGGAGGUCAGCAAGUCGAAAACCGAGAUGAAUUCAUAGCCUGCAUAGUUUUACUACCUCAUCUAAAGGAUUUCGAAAUUGAUAACAAGAUUUUGCAUAGGCUGGAAGAGGAAGUGUACCGUACCUUAACUACAAUUGAAACUGAUAUGGAAGACUGUUAUAUCCCUGUACUAAGUGUUUUGAUUGAAACUCUCGUUCAUAUAAAUUACCCGGAGAUACAUUUGUAUGUAGAGACUGUUAAGCGCUUGCUGCCUGUAAUUAAUAGUAGGAAGAAAGAGCCAUUAAUUAACAUAGUCAAUAUGUGUUUGGUUCAAAUUAGUUACACAGAAUCUGAUUUACUAAAUGACGAGUUAUUUAACGUUGUUCAUGCUCAUCUGUGUGAAUUUCUGGCCUCAGAGCAUUCUCGUACGAGGUUGCUAGUUACACACAGUUUCACGCUGUUCAGGGGCGCAAGUAUUUUUCUGAACACCGGAAGCGAGACAUUGUUCGAUGUGUUGUAUAGUAUUGAAAGCGUUGAACCAGAUAUUCAUAAUUAUAGAAAGCAUGUGAUGUUGUUGAAAAAACUUGAAUUUAAUGCAAGUUUGUUACAAUGCAUUAAGAAACCAGAGUUUCGGGUAGACGCCAUGCGCACUGUAAUAUCUCUAUUAUCAAUCAAUUUCAAUUUACUUUGGAAACCAGCCAGUGAAGUCCUUCAAACUUAUGCUGACGGAUUCAGUAUAACCGAUUUUUGGCAUGUUUACAAACAACAACUAAACUGUACUUUGAACGUUGUAAGUGAUAACUCGACUUUAGAAGUGAAUGAAAAAAUGCACAAAACUAAUAAUCAAGAAUUACAAAGCGAUGACUACAAAAAAAUUGACUAUGUAAAUUAUCGAAUCCAAUUACUCAAUAAUUUGGCAAAAUUCAACAGAAUAUUUGAGGCCAAAAAUCGAGAUAUUGUAGAAUCAUUCUUUCGUUUUAUGGAUAAGGAAUAUCGAACAAAGAAAACUGCUGACAAAACAAACGAGGAUACAUCGAAAGCUUUACUAAAGAUAAUAAUCGCUUAUUUAAAUAUAUUUUCCGGCGUUCGUAAUCCUGGAACCAUUUUCAAAUCUCAGCAAUUGUAUGAGACUUUCAUGGAGUUUUUAUGUCAUCGUAAUUCCGAAGUACAGCGCUUAGCACUUAGUUGCAUCUUUACUUAUGAAAAUCCUGCUUUUAUACCGUAUAAGGAAACCCUUUAUCGGUUGAAUUGUAAUAAAAGCUUCAAGCAGGAAAUCGCCGUUUUCUUCACGAAGAGUGCGAGUGAAGGAAAUGAACUUCGAUGUAUAGUACAGGAUGAACACCGAGUAGAGGUCAUACCAAUGGUAAUGAAAAUAUUACACACUAAAAUGAUCCAAAAGACAACUUCUCCAGAGCUGAAAAAGCUGAUUAUCAGAUUCAUAGGAAAUUUCCGUGAAAACGAAAUUAAGUUAUUUAUGAAUAUGUCAUUUGCUUGUUAUGAAAAAUGUCUAAUGGCACAUGCUUUGGAAACAUAUACGUUUAUCGUGACUAAAAACCCAAAAGUCGAAAGUUUUUCUAUCCAUCGUUUGCAAGCGUUGAUUUUGCUAAUUGACAAUAUUUUCGAUGAAUUCGCUGCUGUCAAAAAUGAAAGCUUUGUGCGGUAUUUACUACACAUUAAAUUUUGCAUGGAUACAACACUUUUGCAAAUGGAACAUUCUCUAGUGAAACAUCUGAAAUCGCAAGCAACGCUUAAUAUGGUUAAACUUUUUGACCAUUUUGAUAAUUAUCAUUGGUCUGAAGAGGAAAUCCAGGCUGUUUUUUCUAUCUAUGUGUGGCCUCAGCUGAAUAAAUUAGAAAAUGACUGUAUUCAUUCUCCAACUCCACUACUAAAACUGUUUUCGAUUUGGAGCAAAUCCCUCCGAUACUUUCCUUUAUUGGUGAAAUCUUCAGAAGCAAGUUACACACCUCUUGAGAAAGUAAUAAGCCUUUUGUCAAGUGGAAAGGCCAGUGAUAUAGUUUGUCGAGAAAUUUGUAAGAUGAUAAAUAAUAUGCUAUCUUUGGAAUUAACGGAUAAUGAAAACAGUUAUGAGCUACCAACCAAAAACACGCUUAUUUCGGCACAUAAAGAUAUGAAUAAAAAGCGAAACCCUGGCUGUUUAUUGCUAUCUUCUUACUUUGUAAAUAUUUUACGUUAUAUUCAAAAAGUAUUAAAACAAAACAAGUCGAUUUCUAAAGAUUUACUUAAUAUACUAUCUUGUGUAUCUGAAUGCACCCGCGAGGACAUUUUAUGCGAUACUCUAACAGACAUGUUGUUUCCAAUGACAAUACAAAAAAGUUUACAUCCAAAUAUUGAUAUCGAAACGUUACGAGAGAUGCACCAUGUACUUCUUAAAAUGUUGAAAUUGGUAUCGCGUCCAGAAAAACAUAUGCGCAAAAUCGGGUUACUGUUAGAGCGUGUGAAUGAUCUAGUUGCUCGUAAAUGUAUCCUUCAAAUGAUUGACCUGCUGGUCGAAAAAUGUAACGAUCCACAACUCGCUCGAUGCGCAUCUAUACUUCACGAUAUGAAUGCAAUGGAUAAACGUUGGUUGGAUCAACCAGACUUUAAUCGUCGAUUGAAUGCAUUUCGCAAGGUGGAUGAACUGACAAAUGAACAGGACGCAAUAAGAGUAGAGCUGACUAUUUGGAUUGUUCAUCAAUGCUUUUAUUAUCUUAAAACAGAUCAUGAUUUGGCAAUUCGUGACCGUGCCAAUCAGUUUCUACAAACGAAUGUAAGCCAAUGCAUUAAAAUGCAAUCAAAUUCAGAUCAGAGGGAAAGUGUGCAAUACCUUAUUGAACGAGUGGUUCUGCCGGCAAUAAUCAGAGGCGUGAAAGAUAAAAAUGGGAGUGUGAAAUAUGAAAGUAUUCAAUUAAUCGGUCAAUUCAGCCGCCAAUGUGCGGAUUAUCAUUCUGUUUUUGCUGAUCUACACCCUUUUACAAACGAAAAGGAUCGCGAGAUAGAUUUUUUCGAAAACAUGACACACUUACAAUCUCACCGCCACCGGCGUGCUUUGAAACGAUUUUGUAAAAUUCUGAAGACUUUGGAAAAACCACCAUCUAUUCGCACUCUUGUUAAUUUUGUACUUCCUAUAGUCUCGACGUAUCUAUGUAAUGAUGUUUAUAAAAAGAAAGCAAAACUUACUGAGGCUGCCGCAAAAUGUGUAAUCCUAAUAGGUCGACUUCAACCUUGGCCAGGUUAUAAAUCAUUGCUGAAACAAUACCUCAACAAGAUGAAACACAAUAUUGAAUAUCAAAAGCAACUUAUAAAAAUAGUCGUGGGUUUACUAGAUAAUUUCAACUAUGACUUAUUGAAAGCCAACAGGGAUAAUUCAUCUUCACAAAUUCUUGGAAUCAACACCAUUUCUAAAGAAAGCACAACAACUUACAACAAUGUUAAUGAUGACGAAGAUGACGUAAGUAGUAAUAAAAGCGAAGAAAAUGAACAAUCGAAUUCAUCGAACAAAGCGGAACUUAUUGUAGAAGAUAUUUUGAAAGAGCUGAUACCAGAUCUGUUUUCAACCAUAAACUAUAAAGAAAUGCAAGAUACCAUUAAAAUAAAUGAAAGAAAAGAGCGCUACGUACGAGAAAAAAGAGAUAUGCUCAAAAUUCCACUAGCGAUUGCCAUUGUUAAACUUCUUCAAAAACUGCCAGGUGACAUACUCGAUCAAAAUCUACCAAAACUGUUUAUCAAAGUAAUUAGUUUUUUGAAAUCCAAUCUCAAACAAGUACGUAGUACUGCGCGUGAAACAUUGAAGAGCAUGCUUGUUGCUGUUGGGCCUCAAUACCUGAAAAUGGUUCUGGAUCAUUUAUCGGCGAUUCUAAAACGUGGUUUUCAAAUUCAAGUGCUACAAGCAGUUGUAUAUUCUAUACUCGACGCUCUGAAGGAACGAUUGAAUGCUUCGAUUGUCGACGAUAUUAUGCAACUUGUAUUACAUAUGAGUAUAAGUGAUAUUUUUGGAACAUCAUCGGAUGGAAAAGAUUUAUGUUUCAUUGGUAGAACUCCAGAAGGAAAAUUUAGUAAAAAAACUUUUUCAAUCCUACAGAUAUUGGCCAGUAAUAUGAGCGAAAAAUCGACGCUGGAUUUGAUUAUACCGUUCAAAGAAAUUAUUUCAAAAACAAACUCAAGAGUAACAAUUACAAAAGCUCAAGAAGCAUUAAAUAAAGUAGCCGACGGUCUUUGCAGUAAUCCCAACAUUACUGUAGAAUCUUUGCUGCUACUGGUUUAUGGAAUAACAAGUAAGAACAUUCCGAACUUUGUAUGUGAAAUACCGAAAACUUCAAAACCAGUGCAAAAAAACAGCAAACAUUCUGAUUAUCACCUAAUUCCUAAGGAACCCACACGAAAGAGUCCUGCAAAUCAAAACAUAGUUGUGAGUGAUACAAAUCCAAAUUAUCAUGUGCUCAUCGAAAUGAGCUUGGAAAUAUUCAACACUCUCAUUAAGAAAAAUCAGAUUUUGUUAGUUGAAUACGAGAAGUUUUUGGAACCACUGAUACCCUUUCUAAUUGAAGCGAUGAACAGCAGUCACGUCAAAAUUAUCACGCUCUCCGUAAAAUGUACUUCUUCCCUCUGGUCAAAUAAAAUUGAAGUUCCUCGCAUUGUGGAGUCUGUAGAAAUAAUCAUUGAUAAUUUGCUUAACAUUUUACAAAAGUAUGCUGCUUCAGAGACAGGACGAAUGGAUGAAAAUUUCCAUUUAGUUAAAAACUGUUUCAAGGCAAUAGUUACAUUGAUGAAAUUUGUAAAAUAUUUCACAAUAAGCACUUCUCAAUUGAAACUGCUGCUACUUUACGUUGAGCAAGACAUCAUGUAUUCAGAUCGACAACAUAUGGCUCUGACUUUGCUACGCUCUAUCAUUGGUAGAAAAUUGGCAUCUGAGGAAAUGGCUUCUAUUAUGAAAAAGAUUGCGGAACUUAGUAUUAUGCAUGAUAACGACAAAUUGAGAGGAGAGUGUCGUCGUGUGAUCCUUGACUAUUUGGUAGGAUACCCACUAGGAUCGAAUGUAGAACACACAGUCAAUUUCUACGUUAGUCAGCUGGAAUACGAAGUCUUAUCCGGCCGUGAAUCGGCAGUUCUCAUGCUUCAAGCAAUGUUUAAAUCAUUUCCACUAGAGCUGCUUAGCAAAAAAGGAAACUAUUUGUUUUACGCAUUGGGGAUUCGUCUGAUUAAUGAAAAAUCUACUGAAUGUCGAAUGUUAAUAGCGACCGGUUUGGAAACCUUAUUGUCAGUAAUGACUAAGAAUCAACGCGAUAGUAUAGCAAACAUAAUACUAGUUAUGAUAUGUGAAACAAAACUUAGUGAACGAGAGCUUGCAGCUCAAUUUCUCUUGCGCAUGAUAAAUGUCGAAAAAGAAGCAUUCAUUCUACGAGUUGAAAAAAUACUACCAGCCUUAUUAAAUUCGAUGAUGACUUUACAAUCGGAAAGUGCUGGAAAAUUUGUCUUGUUAAAGCAGAUUGAAAAACAAGAUUAUGGCGAGGAAUUUCAAGAAUUAAAAGACCACUCUUUGUAUCAAAUUUUAAAUGUUUUCGGUAAAUUGUUUGAGGUAUGCCCAGAAAUAAUUAUUGAUGAAAAAUACGCUAAUCUGAUGGACGAAUUAGCAUACACACUUCAGUCAUUACUAAGUUAUGGUCACCAAUGGAUUCGUUAUGUUUCGCUACAACUAAUAGGAGCCUUUCUUGCUGGCAUAGAUUCAACAGCGGUGGAUGCGAUACUCAAAGGCCAGCAAUGUCCAGUAAAACAUCAAUUCAUUUACAGCAACCCAUCAGAAGAAAUUCGAUCUCUUGUUUUGGAUAUGUGUACUCAGCUUAACCCAGGACAAACGGACGAAGAAACGGCAUGUCUUAUCACUAAAAAUUUUGUGCUUCUUUGCUAUAUUGUUGUGGAUGUACCGCUUAAAUCCUCCAAUGAAAGACAGUGUAAAGAAAUAAAUUUAAGCUGGAUAAUACGAAGGGUUCGAUACGUUAUACAAAGCGAAGUAUCUAAAGCUCCAAAAUCUAUUAUUCUGCGAAACAACAUGUUCGACCUAUUCGAUUCGAUAAUUGAUUUGACAAAUUUUAACGUGAUGUGUCUAGUAGCUCCAUCAAUGAUGGCACCACUACUAAGGGAGUUGAAUGACAAAGCGCAUCUUAAUGAAAAUUUAAAAUCAAAAAUUGAAAGUCUAAUGCGUAAAAUCAAGACGAAAAUUGGCAUUGAACACUAUGAUGUGAUUUGCCUUGAUAUAAGGACAAAAAUAGAAAAUAAAUGUCGGGUUCGACACCUGUCUAAAGCUAUAGAAAAGAUAAAUAAUCCCAUACAGGCAACAAAAAGGAAACAAGCCCUGAAAGACAGAAAAAAGCUAGUGAAGAAACGAAAGAUUGAAGAACAGAAAAAUUCAAUCCAUCGAACUACGAAAAGAGCCUAUAAAACGAGACGCCUUGAAGAUUUAUUCAAAAAUUAGUUACAGUAACAUAAUAGUUUGUUAUAAAAAUAAAAAUUAGUUGAUUUAUUUA